AUGGAAGGCAGGGAAGACUUGAAGUCGAUAUUAGAGUAUUUGCCGGUGGUGGUGCGGACAUGGAAUCUGUUCUGGCCGUCCCAAGUGGUGGAGGCUCUCAAGGCGUUGGCGAGAGGUCCUGAGCACAGUGGGGUCCAUUCUGGGGAGCUGCUAUUCUCAGCCAUUUCGGACCUCAGGUGCUCUCUUUCUCUCUCCUCUCAUCCUUUGCCUCCUUCCGCCCCACACGGCUACGCCCUCUUCUUCGACGAGCUCAUGUCUAGGGCUGAAGCAAGGAAAUGGUUUGGAGAGGUUGUCCCGGCAUUGGCCAAUUUGCUUUUGCGGUUGCCCUCCCUGUUAGAAUUGCACUAUCAAAACGCCGACGCCCUUAUUAAUGGAGUCAGAGAUGGAAUCAAAACUGGUCUUCGUCUACUGCAUUCACAAGAAGCAGGAAUCGUGUUCCUCAGCCAGGAACUAAUUAGUGCUCUUCUUGGGUGCUCUUUAUUUUGUUUGUUCCCAAUCAAUAAUAGAGGUGCCAAACAUCUCCCAAUGAUCAACUUCGACCAUUUGUUUAUGACUUUAUAUGACAGUUAUAAUGAAAAACAGGAGAAUAAGAUAAGGUGUAUUAUACACUAUUUUGAAAGGAUAAGUUUCCAUAUGCCUAAGGGUUAUGUCUCAUUUGAGCGGAAAGUACUUCCUCAGGAACAUGGUCCUCUAAGCAUUUCUUACCCCAAGGCUAGUUUCUGGAGCAAUUCAGCCAUUCCUCUCUGCCGUUUUGAGGUUCACAGUUCAGGCUUUAUAGAAAAUCAAUCAAGUGGAGCUCUUGAAGUCGACUUUGCAAACAAGUAUAUAGGAGGUGGUGCUCUUCAUAGGGGCUGUGUACAGGAAGAGAUCCGUUUCAUGAUCAAUCCUGAAUUAAUUGCUAGCAUGCUGUUCAUGCCUUCCAUGGCAGAUAAUGAGGCUAUAGAAAUUAUUGGUGCAGAAAGGUUUUCAAAUUAUACAGGGUAUGCUUCUUCCUUUCGUUUUUCUGGUGACUAUGUGGACAAAAGGGAUACAGACUCUCUUAGAAGACGUAAAAUCAGAAUUAUUGCAAUAGAUGCAUUAUGCAGCCCGGGGAUGAGACAGUACAAACAAAAGUUACUCCUCCGGGAGAAUAAUAAGGCAUUCUGUGGUUUUUUUCAUCAAUCAAAAUAUCAGCAGUACAAGAGAUUGUUUCGAGAGAGCGGGUGUUCUGGAAUUCAGCCGCAUUCAGAUGUUAAAGACUCCAAUGACGUAUACAGUAAUAAUCUUUUGAGUCAUGAAGCUAGAAUAACUUCUGUUGAAUCGUGUGGAGGAAAAUCUGUACACAAAGUGAUCAUAGAUUCUGAGGAGAUCCUGUCUCUUGAUAAUGAGGAUGAUGUUGGGAUUGCAACUGGGAAUUGGGGAUGUGGUGCUUUUGGAGGAGACCCUGAAGUGAAGACCAUAAUUCAGUGGCUUGCUGCCUCUCAGGCACUAAGACCUUUCAUUUCGUACUACACAUUUGGCAUGAAGGCAUUGAAAAACCUAGACCAGGUAACUCAAUGGAUACUGUCACAUGAAUGGACAGUUGGUGAUCUCUGGAAUUUGCUGGUGGAGUACUCAUUGCAGAGAUUGAAGGGAGAGGCUAAUGAUGGAUUCUUUACUUGGCUCCUUCCAUCUCUACUUACCCAUGAUACUGAGAUGUUGGAUUCACCUAUAACGUCUUAA